UUAUAAAUGGCCUCCCCGCACCCUGCUUGUGCGCGCUCCCCGGGAGCGAGCAGCACCGCGAUCCGGUGCCCGCUGUGUCCUCCGGACACAGUGAAACACCAAUCGUCGGAUGGGACCUCUGUACGAGGUCUCAAUCAUGUGAUCACUGGUUGGCCAAUCAGUGAUCACAUGAAUAGUAGCAAACGAGAUGUCACUUCCUGACAUCACUGCUUACUACUUGUGAAAUCUGUGAAUGAUCACAGAGGUCACAUGGUACAACGCUAUUCACAAUGGCUUGAACCAUGUGACAAGCUGUGACCAAUCACAGCUCAC